AUCAUGACCACGGGGCAGGCGCGGCCCGCCAGGUCCAGGUGUCCGAGCAUCGCCGUCCCGCUCGGGCUUGGCGCUGUUGUCCCCAACCCCACGCACUGUCCUUCCACGUUUGUUUGGCCUGAUUGGCGCCUCUCCUCAAUCUCGUCCAAGAUUUCGCUCUGCAUCUCCGGCUCUCUGCAUCCCGGUUCUCUGUUUCUCCUUGGUCGCUCCCGAGCCGUCCAUCUCGUAUCCCAUUUCGCUCCCUGGCAUCGGUGCUCGUUCGCAGCUUGGCUCCGUCGAUCCUCCGAGCCACCCCCCAGCAAUGUCAAGUUCCGCCGUCAACCCAGGUAGCCCCGGCCAUGUCUUCCAGCUCCACUCCUACCUGUCGCCCACCAACUGCGAUUAUUGUGGCCAUAUACUCUGGGGGCUUGUGCACCAGGGCCUCCAAUGCACUUCCUGUCGCAUGAACGUCCAUCCCCGGUGCUCUGGCAUGGUGACCCAUGUUGCCUGCUCCAGCCAGUCCGUCCGAUCCAUGUCCCGGGCCCACACCCUGAACAAGAGGUCCUCCAUUUCGUCGCUCACCAAAGACGACCCCAUCGUUGCUCCAAGCGAGGAUGCAGCUGCCAAGGCCGAGGCACUCACGGCCUCUGCUCCUGUCCAACCUGCGACCGCAUCCUCGUCUUCAUUUUCGACGCUGUCGUCCGUCGGCGUCCUCACCAAGAAGCUCGUCCGGAAUGCCAAAGCCGGCCUGCCAUCGGCAAAGCCCGAGUCCUCAUCCUCGUCCUCGUCCUCAUCUCUGAGCAGCCUGUCCGAUCCGGCUCCCCUGAAUCUAUUGACCACAACCCCAAAAAACUUCCUGCGUUUUGUCAACACCGUCGGCCCCUUGGUCGAGCUCCACUCCGAGGUCAUUGGCAUCUUGACCUGGAAGAAUCCCUCCAAGAGCUUCCUCUGCUGGAUCUCGAUUCUGUUUUUCUGUCUCCACCCAAAGAUAUGUAUUUUUCUGCCGCAGACUGUCGUCGCUUCGUUCAUUGCCUACAAGUAUUGUGUCCGGGCUACCCAGCCAGCCCAGACCGGCGCGGACAACAGCGUCGAGUACCGGCGGAACAUGCAAUUUAUUCAGAAUUUAAUGUCGCUGACAUCCGAUGGCAUCGAGCAGGCCCGCUCGGUGGUGCAAAAGCUGGACUGGUCCGAUGAACAGCAAACGCAACAAAUCCUGAUUUACGCGCUCGCGUCGCUUCCCCUGAACUAUGUCAUCUAUGCGACUGUGCCCCUGAACGUCGUUGUGGGAGUCGUGGCGACGCUGGCGCUGUUCUACAACACAUUCCUGUUCCAGGCACUCGUUGAUACGUCGAUGCGGAUCUUCACCAACCAGAUCACGCCAAGGGUCGAUGAUGCCCUCCGAAAUGUCAUUUCCAUGAGCGGCCUGAAACCCUCGGUCGACUCCAAGGUCUACACCAUCUCUGUGUUUGAGAAUCAGCGGUGGUGGCUCGGUCUUGGAUGGAUCCCACACCUGCUCGAGUCCGAGCGCGCCGCCUGGAGCGACGAGGCCGGCAUCGUCCGCUAUGCCGCUAAGGACUCGUUUUCCUUGCCGCGAGAGAACAAUGUCGAGUGGACCUGGGUCGAGCCUACCUGGACCGUCAGCAACUCGUGGGCAGGCCACUUUGGCACCGAUCCCGAGGGCUGGCAGUACACCGACAACGUGUGGAGCAACCAGAGCUCGACUCCGAGCGUGUCGACGUUUACCCGCAGACGAAUGUGGAUCCGUCAAAUGAAGGCCACUGCACCUGCGGCCCAUGAUGAACACAGCAGUCAGUCAGGCCAGUCGAACCAGUCGAGUCAGUCGAGUCAGGCGGAUCCUCUGGGUCCCAAGCAACAGACGGCUGAACCGGCUCUCCCGAGCGAAACGGCCGACGACUGCGAAAAGCUCCCCCAUGAAGGCACCCCUUCGCCUUCGGCCGAUGAAUCUCGAUCCGAAUAUGCCCUCGACGAAUCCUCUGCCGAGACAGAUCGCUUCCAAGACAACUUCCAGGAUCUGCUCAACGACGCCCUGGAAACGCGGAUCGGACACACCUCGACUACCGACGACGACUCGUGGGUCGAAGCCGGCACCGACUCGGCAGAAGAUCUUGAUCCCAUUGACGACCCAAACCUCUGAGGAACGGACCGAUCGAGGCGGGAGAGGCGGGAGAGGCGAGAGGGACGAGAAAGGAAAGCGCCCGGACAUGUGGAUUCAUUCUAUCCCGCUGCACUAUCCCCUCCCUCGAAUGCCCAGCUGUACAUAGGCGUGGCCAAAGCCAAUGCCGCCGCAGUGGUGUCACGCCGAAAUAAUCCUAUUGUAUAUCGAUUUCACCCGCCAUCGCGAUAUCCUCCGCUCGGCUAUGCCUGCCUCCCUCCCCCCGUCGGGAAAAUGGGGGGGGGCACAACAUAUGUAUACGAAUGGUAGUCUUGGUCGAAACAAAAUAUACUCUGCUCGACACACCAU